AUGGCCACACGGCCAUCGCCGCGGUCGAGCGACGGCGUACGGCCAAGAAGCAAGAGCGGGAGCGGCAGACCCCCGUCGAGCCCGCGCAGCUCCGACUCAUCACGCCAAACCACCGGCCGCUCACCCACCUCCGCGGCGUCCGACAAGCCGAUCCCGUCCUUCCUCCGGCCCACCGUGAGCUCGUCCCUUCACAGCUCCUCCUCCGCUUCCUCUUUGUCGUACUCCUCCUCCUCCAAGGGCCCCGCCGCCACGGCUAGGCGGUCCGCCGACAAGGCCCCGGUGCAUCCGCUGGGCGCGCCGAGGCCGAUCACGCCCAAGGACAAGGCAAAGGCACCGGCGGCGUCCACGUCGCGAUGGUCCGCGGUGUCGCCGCGGCAGCUGAUGCAGAAGGCGUCCAAUGCCAUCAAAGCCAGCAGCAAGUCCCGCGGCAAGAAGAGCAAGGAGGCGGUGAGCCCGGCGGCCUCGGUGUCCGGGAAGGAGGGAGCCGGUGCUUCAGUCGAGGCCAAGGGCGAGACGGCGAGAGCACAGCCAGUCGGGGAGAAGCACCAGCAGCCUGAGACGCCUGCAGAGUCGCCGCCUGCCGUGCAAACAGAGGGGGCUGUUCUGGAGCCCAAAGCAGAGCAAAACGAGCAGCGCGCGGCAACAUCGCAAGAAGGUGCCCAUACUGACAUCACGACCGUGGAGGAGAGAGAUCAAAACGAGCAGGUCCGUGCAGAACAGCCGGAUAGAGAAUCAGAGAAGGAGGAGGCCGUCGCGGAGAAGACCAUACCGGAGGAGGCUCAAGCAGUGAACGUGGAGACGCCGGAGCCAGAGCUGCAAGAAGAGAAUCUGCAAAGUUGUCCGGUUGCGGAGACAGGGACGGAGGCCCAGAAGAACAGAGACGUGUUAGAUUGA